AUGGCCGUGGCAACUGCGACAUCAGGAGUUGCAGCGUCUAUCAUGCCUGGAGGCAGGACCGCACACUCAAGGUUUAAGAUCCCGCUCAACAUUGACGAAGGCGCAACAUGUAGCUUUACGAAGCAGAGUGGGACGGCCAAGCUCCUUCGCAUGGCAUCUCUCAUAAUAUGGGACGAGGCCUCCAUGACAAAGCGCCAGGCAGUUGAGGCACUCGACAAUAGCAUGCGGGAUAUAAUGGGCCGACAUGACCUGCCAUUUGGGGGGAAGACCGUUGUGUUUGGUGGGGACUUUAGGCAGGUCCUCCCAGUUGUCCGGAAGGGGACGAGGCCCUAG